AUGUCGACCCUAAAUGUCGCAGUAAUUGGUGUCGGACUCGUUGGAAAAGAAUUCCUGAACCAACUUGCGUUUGUCGGCGCAUCCGAUUUGUCCAGCCGGCGCAUCCGACUCAUCUACGCCUCCAAUUCGAAACGUGCGCUCAGGGAAGAUAGCAAAGGACUUGAUCCUGCCUCCUGUUCCCAGCGACUUGCUGAUGGAGAGGGUGAAGAAGUUGCAUUGGCCGAACUGCCCCGUCUUCUUGAGUCUACCAUCGUCGAUAGACACAGGACGGUUAUAGUGGAUAACACAUCUUCUGAUUAUGUUGCAUCACUAUACCCGGCGUUCCUCCAGAAAGGGUUCGACGUGAUUACACCCAACAAAAAGGCAUUCUCGUCCAGCCUGAAGUUGUAUAACGAUAUCAUUUUUGCGAGUCGGUUCAAAGAGGGUGGAAAAUAUUUAAAUGAGAGCACUGUUGGUGCCGGCUUGCCUAUCAUUGCCACUCUCAGGGACUUGGUGGCCUCUGGCGACGAGGUCAUUAAAAUUGAAGGCGUCCUUUCCGGAACGCUGAGUUACAUCUUCAACGAAUACUCCACCCCCUUGGGUGAAGGCCCAAGUUUUUCCUCCAUUGUCGCACAGGCUCGAGAGAAAGGUUAUACAGAACCACACCCAGGCGACGACCUCAACGGUGCUGACGUUGCGCGCAAGCUGACAAUCUUGUCGCGAAUGAUCCCCUCACUCAGAUCUCACCUCCCCGAGGGGUACAAAUCCGUCUCAAUCACCUCGCUCGUCCCAGACGCGCUCGCUUCCGUCACGUCUGGAGACGAAUUCGUCGCGCGCCUUCCCGAGUAUGAUGCCGAAUUCGAAAAGCUUCGUGAAGAAGCAAAGAAAGAGGGGAAAGUACUGCGAUACGUCGGUGUGAUUGACGUACAGGCUAAAGUUGUUAAAGCUGCGCUAGAAAAGUACCCAGCAAACCAUGCAUUUGCGACAUCAUUACAAGGUUCUGAUAACAUUAUCGCGUUUCACACUAAACGCUACAGUCCGAGGCCGAUGAUCGUCCAAGGUGCCGGAGCUGGAGCUGCUGUGACGGCAAUGGGAAUCAUGUCCGACUUGCUCAAAUUACUGUAG